UUGAUGGGAGAAACCGCAGAGGUGGGAUCACGAAGGUUUCUUCGAGCAUUGGUUGCCGGAAUACACUCGCAUGCACAAUAUUUGAACAACUGCGAGACUGACCGCAGAGACGGAGUUUCCCUAUGGGUAAGGGGCGAAAGAGGACAAUCCAGUCAAAAGCGUGUAUGA